AAGCCAUGGGAAACAAGCCAGCAAGCAGCAACCUUUCAUCACCUCUGCAUCAGUUCCUGCCUCCAGCUUCUAGCCCUGCUUGAGUUCCUGUCCUAAUUUGCUUCACUGUUGGAUUAUGAUGUGAAAGUGAGGAUUAAGUGAGAUAGACACUGCCAUUUCCAGCAACUCAAGACUUGUCUGCAUCUCUGCAGUGAAGCCUUUAGAACAAACUCUACAACCAUGGAGGAGACUUCAAGAAACUCAGUUUCAAGCCAGCCUUUGAUAGGAAGUCUCACAAGAAGUAUGAUACUCAACAAAUUACAGAAGAGAAGAGAGACCCAGAUUGUCCCGAAAAAGAUAAAGGCCAAACAUAGAACUGGUGUUACUUCCAAAGAUUCUAUGAGGAUGACCAGUUGCAUCUUUGCAAAGCCAGUGACCACAAUAACUUCAUACCCUGAGAAUGAAACCAGGUACAGGAGAGAGGAAGAUAAGCUGACAAAACCCAAGCAGCUCUGUGCACUUAAGAGACUGAAGAAACAUCAAGUUGGAGAGAAUAAACAGGACCUGUCAUGUCAAUUGAAGCUUACAAACCCUGUAGAAAGAAUUGCACUGGGAAUGCGGGAUGAAACUAAUGACCAAAGUGGUGUUAAGGGUCAGCUUACUCCUGGAGAAGUUACCUCUGUCCAAACCCCAUGCUUGGAAAAAAAUGAACAAAUGGCUUUUCAGCUGUCACCAUUUUUCUCCAGUCCAGGGGUAACAAUGCCAGUGCGUCUUCAUCUGUCACCAUCUUACUUCAUCCAAGAAGUAACUAUUGCAGACAUCCUGAGUCAGAUCUGGAAGGUAAAGAAAGCCAGGAAGAGACUGGAAGUAGCCUUGGAGGCAGACAGUCUUGCCAGGCAGGCAGAGAACAUGGGGGAGCAAAGAUGAGUGGAAAACAAGUGUUGAGGCCUCUGUAAGUUCUUGAAGAAACUUUUUUGUUUUGGUUUGGUUUUGGUGUUUUGGUUUUUCAAGACAGGGUUUCCAGAUGUAACCCUGGUUGUCCUAGAACCCCAUCUCUGCCUCCAGAGUUUUUAAAGGCAAGUGCCACCAUCACCCAGUAUUACUUGUAUGUCUUUAAAUAAUAAAUUUAAUAUACCCAACUUACUCCUUUUUAAGCUUUUGGAAAGGCAAAAGAUAUAAGCGGUAGUGUUUUAAAUAAUGGUGUUUCCAGUUUGGAUCGAAAUGUUAUGUAAGAGAAUUCAUGUGGAAACAUCCUUUUGGUGAGUUGUGAUCCACAGUAGGAAUCUGGGAUAGAUUCAACAGCAACCUACAGAGCAAAGGAUAAGCCUUAAAUUAUAGAAUUCAGAUGAGAAGGGUGUAUGUAUUUAGCAGCUAGUUUUGUGAAACCUACUAGAUAGUUCCAAAAGCUUAACUCCGGCUAAGCAGGUCUUGUGGCCUUGAGACCUUGAAUUUAAAUUUCUGUUGCUCUCUACCAUGGGACUGCUACUUGCUAGGUGUUUAGGUUUAAGUUUAAACCUCUGGUUGCCUCAGGCCUGGGAAGGGAGAGAAGCCUCAGCAGGUGUGCUAACCUGCUCUGUAGUGAUAUGUCUUAAAUCAUUUAACAAGAAGACCUGUUUAUAUUAAGUUUACUGGGAGCAGAGCUCUUUCCUCAAAAUUGUUCUAUUUCAGGUUACAAUUUUUUAAAAUUUGGUGAUUGUUAGUAUCUCACUUUGUGUGUCAGGUGGGCCUUGAAUUUGAUCCCCCCAGUAUAGCCUGAUGAAUGUCAUGAUUACAGGCAAGAACCCCAUACCCAAUUGUCGUUAUUUUUAUUCACUUUCAGUCUUUAGGAAUUAUCUGGCCUGAAGGGUUAUUUAGUGUUUUAUACUAAGUAUUUAAGUUGUUAACACUAAUAUUAAUGAACAGUGACCCAUGUGCUACAGCUUUCUACACCAUUGUCUGGGGACGUGUUUGGUUUUGUGGAACUCUCUGUUGCAAUCCUAAAUUAUCAAUAAAGGUUUUCAUUUUAAAUACAAGUCCAGAGAAUCUUUUAAGUGAUAGUAAUUUAAUGACAUAAGGAUAUUAUUAGAGAUGCUGUUAUACCUGUCAUCUAUACUAGCUCUCUAUUAUGAGCUACACCUCUAUGUCUUAAAGCUAAUUUUAAAAUCAAUUCAUUUUUUUAUUAUAUAAAGUAACAUAA